AUGCGGCGGCAUGGUCUUGGGGUGGUAAGAGAUGCGUGGGCAGUGAUACGCAAGCUGGGGAAAGGAGCGUAUGGACACGUUUACCAUGUGAUAAAUAUUAAAACUGGAGUUCAGGGUGCUCUCAAGGCAGAAAGUAAAUCUCAAGCGGAUCGAGUGCUGAAAAUGGAAAGAAACGUACUACAAGGCUUCAAGGGUGUAAAAGGAGCUAUGAAACUGAUAUCGAUGGGCACCACUGACACUUACUCGUAA